UCCUCCUCCUCCUCCUCCUCUUCCUCCUCCUCCUCCGGUGACUGACAGCUGCUCAGUCCUGCCCUGUGCCCGUGUCGCUCUGCCCGGCCUCCGCCAUCUUGCCUCUCCCCUGGCUGCGAGAAGCCGAGUGCGGAAGUAGAAGCGCAGUGUGCGGGCUCCGGGUUCCGCCUGUGGACCUCUCACCGAUCCUCCCGUCGACACCGCCCGCUAUCCGACCGAUUUCAGCGUUCCUAGCCAGCACGGACCCCGGGAGAGAUGGCUGGACGGUUACCGGCGUGUGUGGUGGACUGCGGCACCGGUUACACCAAACUGGGAUAUGCAGGGAACACAGAGCCACAGUUCAUCGUUCCAUCAUGUAUCGCCAUCAAAGAGUCAGCCAAGGUCGGAGACCAGGCCCAGCGGAGAAUGAUGAAGGGGGUGGAUGACUUGGAUUUCUACAUUGGAGAUGAAGCAGUAGACAAGCCCACGUAUUCCACUAAGUGGCCAAUUCGUCAUGGGAUUGUGGAGGACUGGGACCUCAUGGAGCGCUUCAUGGAGCAGAUCAUCUUCAAGUACCUGAGGGCUGAGCCUGAGGACCACUACUUCCUCCUGACAGAGCCUCCUCUCAACACACCAGAAAACCGAGAGUACACAGCUGAGAUCAUGUUUGAGUCCUUCAACGUACCAGGGCUGUACAUCGCUGUGCAGGUGAGAUAUGAUGGAACUUCGCUUUUUUCUCAUUCUGUCCGUCUCUUUAUUUGUUCCUCCCUCUCUCAGGCUGAAGGUUACGUUAUUGGCAGCUGUAUAAAGCACAUCCCCAUCGCAGGACGAGACAUCACCUACUUCACCCAGCAGCUCCUGAGGGAGAGGGAGGUGGGCAUCCCACCGGAGCAGUCGCUGGAGACAGCUAAGGCGGUAAAGGAGCGGUUCAGCUACGUGUGCCCAGAUCUAGUCAAAGAGUUUAACAAGUACGACACAGACGGCUCCAAGUGGAUCAAGCAGUACACUGGCAUCAACGCCAUCAGCAAGAAGGAGUUCACCAUCGAUGUUGGCUACGAGCGCUUCCUCGGACCGGAGAUCUUCUUCCACCCAGAGUUUGCCAACCCUGACUUCACCCAGCCUAUCUCUGAGGUUGUGGACGAGGUUAUUCAGAACUGCCCGAUUGAUGUCAGGCGUCCGCUCUAUAAGAACGUUGUUCUGUCAGGAGGCUCCACCAUGUUCAGGGACUUUGGGCGCCGUCUGCAGAGAGAUUUAAAGAGGUCUGUUGAUGCUCGACUGAAGAUGAGUGAGGAGCUGAGUGGAGGCAAGCUCAAGCCAAAACCAAUCGAUGUCCAAGUUAUCACUCAUCAUAUGCAGAGAUAUGCAGUGUGGUUUGGUGGAUCAAUGUUAGCAUCAACUCCGGAGUUCUACCAGGUUUGUCACACCAAAAAGGACUAUGAAGAGAUUGGGCCAAGCAUCUGUCGCCACAACCCUGUGUUUGGAGUCAUGUCUUAACUUGGGACCUCCACAGUCGAACAGAAGCGGGUGGGUGGGGUUGGAGCUAGGGGGUUGUUGGAUUGAUGGAAGUUAGUUGGUAUAAAGGUCAGGAUCAGGAGGUGGGACGACGGUGGCGCUUCUAUGCUUUUUGAUUAUUCGUUCAGUUUGGAUAUGUGGGACGCAAAGAAGAUCCAGAAUAUAAAAAAAAAAAAAAAGAAAAGAGACCAGACCAAACACAGACCGGCUGGAAAAUUUAUUGUGAAUGUUCUUUAUUUCUGUCUUACUUUCUUUUUUUCUUGCUGUCUUUUUUUUGCUCUAUUGCUUUCUUUCUUGUCUUUUGUAUUUUCUUUUCAAAAUGAGGGAAAAUGGUUUGUAAACCAAAACGAUUUGAAAAAACCUUUCUGGAUCUGUUGAGCAACAUGCAGUGAGUGAUGAUGAUGAUGAUGAUGAUGACGACGACGAUGACGAUGAUGAUGAUGAUGAUGAUGAUGAUGAUGCAUAUAAAGGUGGUGUUGGUGGAGGCCGAAGAAGAUGACAGAAACAUUGAUAGUAAUUUCCUGACACCAGAACAUAUUAUUUAUGUUUAUAGAACAUGAGUCCAGACACGAUCUGAUAACUCUUGAGACCAUUGACAAGUUUAGAACAUAUUAUUGUCUGCUUUUAAUUUCUGCAAAUGAUAUCAGCUUCAAAUUUACAUGUCUGUGUAUCACGAUAAGAGCUUGUUUAUAUUUCAUACAAAAGUUUUUAUAUGUAAAACUUGGGAAAUCAGGGGUAAAAAAAAUGUAAUCGAUUACAAUAUGAACAAGAGACUGUUUUAAACCAUGAUGCAGCUUUGAUACACAGUGUUUGUUUGGGUGGGAGUGUCGUUGUUCCCCAUGUGUCAUUGCUGUCUGCCCUUUAAUUCUCAAUACAUUGAUUCACAUCUGCUUUCACUUCCAACAAUGUCAGGUUUCCAUCUCUGAUGCAGUGAAAGAAAAGAGAGGGGACUUUCUGAGGUUAAAAAAAUGAAACUGAAUAAGAACGACUGUCAGACCAGUAUUGUUAGACUAGAAGUUUUUUUUUAUUAUUAAAUACCAAAUUAUUAAAAUAAUGGAAUUUGUGUAUUUAAUGCCUUGCAACAUUCCAAUAAAGGCUCAAAUUUGUUUCUAA